UGGGUUUUUUCGUGGAAGAUUCCUUUCAGCUUUGCCAGAGGAAGUUCUUCCAUAACAAGCUCAAAUCGCAUCAAUUCAGAUAGACUUCCGCCGAAUGUUCAUCUAUUCAAGUGGAUACCACAGGCGGAUCUCCUUAGACAUCCAAAAACUAUUGCGUUUAUAUCCCAUGGUGGAUAUAACAGUUUACAGGAGGUCAUUGCCGCAGGAGUUCCAUUGAUAACAAUUGCUCUGUGGGGAGAUCAACCGAGGAAUGCGAAACUGGCGGCAAAGCUUGGAAUCGCUUUCAACCUGCAAAAAAGCGACAUCAGCGCGACUACUAUCACUGAUGCUCUCAACAAAGUGAUCAACGAUAGAAGGUAA